CUCAGUGUAACGGUUGCACACCGGAACCGGAGCCCAGCGUUUGCUGUCCGGGGACCCGCUGAGAGAAACGCGGCCCAUGGCACAAAGCCGGGAGCUAGAGGAGCGCCACUUGGCUGCCCCUGGCAGCGCGUCUCUGUCCGUGAGAUGGGUGCAAGGAUUCCCUAAGCAGAGUGUUCAUUUUGUCAACGAUAGCACCAUUUGCUACCCUAGUGGGAAUUUCGUAAUAUUUAUUAAUAUUGAAACAAGGAAAAAGACUGCACUCCAGUGUAUGAAUGGAAUUGUGGGCGUCGUGGCAACUAACGUUCCUUAUGAAGUUGUGGCUUUCUCUGACCGGAAGCUAAAACCCCUCAUCUACAUAUACAGUUUUCCUGAAUUGACCAGAAGGACCAAAUUAAAAGGCAAUGUUCUUCUGGACUACACUUUACUUUCAUUCAGUUACUGUGGCACUUACCUGGCUAGUUACUCCUCUCUUCCCGAAUUUGAAUUGGCGGUGUGGAACUGGGAAUCGAGUGUCAUUUUGUGCAAGAAGUCACAACUCACUGUGGAUGUGAGCCAGAUGACUUUUAACCCCAUGAGCUGGCACCAGCUAUGCUUGUCAAGUCCCAGUUCAGUGACUGUGUGGACCAUCGAAAGAAGUAACGAGGAAUAUUAUCUCAAAGCAAAGUCAAUAAAACUACCCAUGGAAGACGGGUCAUUUUUUAAUGAAAAGGACUUAAUUUUUCCCAGCUCGAUGCCGAAGGAUCUUAUCUACGGACCUGUGCUCCCACUGUCAGCCAUUGCCGGGCUAGUAGACAAAGAGGCAGAAACUUUCAGGCCCAAAGAUGACCUAUAUCCUUUGCUUCACCCGACUAUGCACUGCUGGACUCCAACAAGUGACCUGUAUGUUGGCUGUGAAGAGGGUCAUCUUUUAGUGAUUAAUGGAGAAAGCUGGAAAGUGACUGUGCUUGAUAAGAUAGAAGACAGAAUACCGAUGGAUGGAAGAAAUUAUAUCACUCCAGUCACCUUGGCAUAUCAGAAGGGAGGCGUGCUUGCUUCCGGAAUAGAUGGCUUUGUGUAUUCUUUUAUUAUUAAGGAUCCAUAUUACAAAGUAGAGGAUUUUCUUCAGGUUGAAGAGCCUGUGGAGCAUUUGAUGUUUUCUCCCAGUUACAAAAUGUUGCUGAUUCAAACAAACAAGGUGGGCAAAGACAUUUUACAAAUAUCUACAGUGUCUCUUUUGGACUCAGACAUAGUGGAAGUGAUGGUGCUUUCCAUACCUCCAGAAACAAGAAGAAGCAAGCUGGAAAUAUUUACUCUGCCUAAAAUGCUACCACAAGUUUCUGUGAGCAUUGCUGAUGAAAGAGGGAGACUGAAAGAUGAAUUAAUUCAUAAGUUCCUGUAUGAGAUAGAGCACCCUCUGUCCUCUGCAGUGCUGGACUUUCGAAGUAAACAAGUAUAUGGCUUCUGUAAAGAAGUACCGUACAUCUGCAGCUAUCUUCUUCCAGCAAAAGACCAUAGCGGUAUUUGCGUUCUUAAGCCAUACCAAAAAGUGCAAUGCAAACAUUAUGGACCUGGAAUGCUCACUCUGUCUCCACAUGGAUCAUGGCUCAUAUCAAGAGCUAAAUGUGGAACUCUGUGUAUCCGAGACAUUUACACCCUGUUUAAUUCUUUUCUUGUCACCCUCCUUUCCUAUUUUAAAAUUCAGGUUCUGAAUAUGAUGGAAGAAAAUGAAACAGUAGAUAAUAUUGCAAAAUUAGAGCAACAGGAAUUUGCUCUGGAUCUUGAGGAACUGGAAAGGCUUCACGAUGAAAGUGAGGAAGAAAUAGAAAAGAUAAGGAAGGAUGUAGAGAUGCAUAACCUAGCCAAGGGAUAUUUGGCUGAACUCAUUAAAGAAGAAUGCUGGAAUUCAAUGGCUGUGAAAGGUCGAGCUCUUAAGUGCUUUCACGUCCCCUGCGUGGUUGAGAACUUCCCAAUGAAAGAACGCACUGAUGAAGAGUUGAAAAAAUUGAAGAGAGUUUUGCAGCAAAAGAAGAUUGAAACCGAGUGUCUUAAACUACGGAAGGAAACUGUAGAGUUUCAGUCUGCAAUUACCUUGGUUAAAAAGCAUCACGAAGAAGAAGAUGAAGAAGAGGAAGAUGAUGUAGCAGUAAAAGACACUAAUUUACCCAAUUACCUGCUUGGCAGUCAGAGUACUGAUUUUGGGGUACAUGCCUCUUUCUUGUCCAGCCAAUUGGAACUUCAUUCCAGAGAGGAGAAAAUCAACCAAAUUAUAUUACUGAAAGAUAUCAUUUACAAGGUAAAAACUGCUUUCAAUAAUGAGUUUGAUGCUGCAUAUAAACAAAAAGAGUUUGAAAUUGCACGUGUAAAGGAAAGAAAUAUAAGAAUUCAAGAAAUCAUUUUAGAUCUGGAACUGAAAGAAUCAAUCUGGCAACCGGAAUUGGACGACUAUGAGAAGCCAGAGAGAAACCUUGUUGUGGAAAAUAGUGAGAUUAUUGCUCAAAAACAUGUUAAUCUGUGGCAAAAAGUCAAAGCAGGAUUAGUUGCAGCCCAUGAAAUGGAGGAAGGGGUUCUGUCACAGGGCUCCAACACCAGACGCCGAGCCCUGAUGGACAUGAUGGGAGGAGUUCUGGAAGUCAAGAAGGAAGACAUUUUGAGAAUGGUGAUUCCUCCACCUGCUUUCAUAGUAAAACCUGAUGCUGUAUGGUCUGAAGAGGAAAAGAAACAAUUCAAAGACUAUGAGAAAAAAGUCAAGGACUUAAAUGAAGAAAGAGAUAAGUAUAGAAAGAACCAGACGUCCACGGCCAUCCAAAAAGCUAGAGAAGACCUCGACGUGUACAAGGAACACUAUGACAACUUACUGGCAGAAGACAAAGUUCUGGAUCGCAGCUUUAAAAAGGAAUUUUCUGAAAUUCCUAGUCAUCAGGUGGAUAUGCUCUACAAACUUUUUAGACGCCGACCAAGGAUUCCCAAACCAAAAGUACACUCAGAUACGGCCAGUAUUGUGCCUUUUGGAGAGCGACCAGGAUCUGGGAAAUUGAAUAAAGAUGCCUUUGCCCAGUUAAUGAAAACCAUGGAUGAUAUGGACAAUAUUAAUAACAUGCCAGAAGGCUUGGACCCCUCAGUCUGGGAACAUUUCUGCAUGACCAGACGAGUGAAAGUGGAAAAUGAACAGAAAGUAAAGCAGAAAGCAGCUGGCUUAGUAGAAAUGGUGACUUUCCUCCGGAGGAGAGUUGAGGAGGAUGAGAAGGUGCAAGAGGAAAUUGAAAAAGUGUUCCAAGAACUCAUUCUAUUACAGGAAGAGAAAGUGAAAUUCCAGUUGAAUUUGACAAUCCAAAUUCUCCUUAAACAAGGACAAGUAGAACUGGAGAAUUUCCAAUUAUUGCUGGAGUAUUCGGAUGCAAUUCUCAUCAACAAGAAUAUAAUUGAAGACCUGAAUUCUGUGAUUCGGACUCAAGGACAAAAGAAAGUUACUAGCAUGAUGGAAAGUAAAGAUAUCCACAAAGGAAUAUUUCAGACUGAGUGGGAACAUAAGAAAAUGGAGAUGGAAAUGGAAGAUCUCAAUCAGAAGGCUUGGGAUAUUCAGAUGCUGUUUUUUUCAAGGGAACGUCAAAAGUACCUAAGUGAACCAAACUAUGAGACUCUGAUUAACGUUCAGAUUGGAAUAAUGGAGCAAACCAUUGCUGUUUUAGAUAAGACCCACAAAAAGAAUGUGGAAAACUGCAAAAAACUACUAAAAAAACUGGGAAAGUUCAGCAAUCAAAAAGAUGUAGCAAAUUAUACUCUAAGCUGCAAUUUACGAGAAGAGUUGGUGGCUGUCUCAGAGAGAAAAGACAUCUGUAAUGCAUUAGGGUCUAAAUUGACUUGUGAAAAGAUUGCCAAAGAACGAUAUGAAAACAUUAUACAACAGCAAAAGUUAACAAAUAUUUCAAAAGAACAAGCUGAACAGAUUUUAAUACUGCAAGCCGAAGUUGAAAGACUAAGAAUGAAAACAUUUCCUGCUCUUGUUCCAAUGUAAAAGCACUGGUGGGAAACACAAGGCCAAGUCAAUCAUUUAAAAAAUAAUUUCAUUUGAUUAAAAUGAUUUUUUUAUUCUUUCAUAUCAGGAAACUUAAGUAGAGCCUCUUCUCAGUUGCAUAUUUUUAAUAUAAAUUAUUUAAUUUUAGCUUUAAUCAUUAUAAAAAUGUUCGUCCUGCCUGAAUAAAUGUAUAAACUAUCAUGAAUUGUUUUCAAGAAUGAACAAGAUUUUAACUCAGAAAGUAUUCAAAAUCUAUUUUAUUUAUUUAGUCUUAAUUUGAUCAAAAAGUGUUUUCAUAGUAAUAGCGUAGAAAGUCUUAAAGACAAAACGAAAUUAUUCUAAGUCACUACUGGCAUUUCUAAUUUUAUAAAAUUAUCGGAACAAGGUGAACUGUUUACUUUUACCAAGUCCUAAAUCAUUUGUAAAUUACAGUAUAUUUUUUUCUACAUAAACAUAACAUAAUCUUCAACAUUUCAUAUUCAUUGUUACGGAACUCAAUUUUGUGCCCUACUCAAUAGGGUUUAGCGAACAGAAAAAAAAGCGUUUUCUGAUUUCUUUGAAAAGUUUAUUGCUGUAUUCAUGUAGAUGAUAAUUAAAUGAUAAGAUUCACUGGUCAGAAAACUGCUUUGCCCUUCCAUAGCCUAUGGACUGCUGCAUUCCAAGAUGAUACCACUGGGAUCAUUGACCACAAUCUCCAAGUUAUGUCAAUGUCUCAUUGUUUUGCAAUUUGUUAAUUAACUGUUAAGUUUAAUCGGUAACACCAUGUCCAGUGUACACUGGUGUAGGUAAAGCAAGAGAGCUAUUAUAAAAACUUCUACUUAGGGCCGGCCGAGUGGCACGUUGGUUAGGAGUUGGCUUGGGAUGCCAGCUCUGAGCAGCAGGGCCCCAAUUCGUAUCCCACAUAUGAGGGCCAGUGACGUUGCGCCCUCUACAGCUAAAAUGAUGGACAACAGCUCCACCCAGCAACAGUGGGGCUGGCCGGCAGCAGGCCACGUGAGCUGCCAUGAGCCGCUGUGAGCGGCCGUCCAA